GGCGGGGCCACGAGGCUAAAGCUCACAGUGCGCCUGCGUGAGACGUUUCCGCACGGUGUGGCACCCGAACUCUGUCUUGGCAGCGCACGUGGAGUGCUACGCCUCGGGCCGCGGGGGCGUCUCGUGUCUGCACCCGAAUUCAGUACCAUGGGGCGCAAGUUGGACCCUACGAAGAAAGAGAAGCGAGGGCCGGGCCGAAAAGCCAGGAAACAGAAGGGUGCUGAGACCGAACUCGCUAGAUUUUUGCCGGCAGCUCAUGAAGAAAAUUCCAAGAGGCUAUCUAGUCGUGCUCGAAAGAGGGUGGCCAAGAGGAGGCUGGGCUCUGCUGAAGCCCCCAAGACAAAUAAGUGUCCUGGGGCCAAGCCAUUGCCUGGAAAGCUACCAAAAGGGAUCUCUGGAGGAGCCGUCCAGACACCUGGGAAGAAGGGAGCCCGGCACUUCCUGAACACUGCUCGAGGCAAGGAGCGCCCAGCACCGACCCGCAGCAGUGAGGAGGAGGAAGACUCUGAGGAGGAUGGUGUGGUGACCCAGGUGGACCUCUGGGGCGCCGAGGACAGUGAUGCUGACGUGAUAGACGACUAUGGAGCAGACUCUAAUUCAGAGGAUGGAGAGGAGGAGGAAGGUGAAGAGUUGCUGCCCAUUGAAAAAGCUGCUAAGAAGCAGAAGGCACGGGAAGCUGUUGCUGGGGGCCACUGGUGUGAGGAGGAGACUCAUGAAGAGGAGGAAAUGGAAAAAGUGUUGCCUGAGUCAGUCCCCAAAAAGAAUAAGGAGAUGAAUGGAGGCCUACAGAUCAAUGUGGAUGAGGAGCCCUUUGUGUUGCCCACUGUUGGGGAGAUGGAACAGGAUGCCCAGACUCCAGACUUGCAGCAAGUUCACAAGCGCAUCCAGGAUAUAGUAGAAGUGCUGCAGGAUUUUGGAUCUCAGCGGGAGGAAGGUCGGUCUCGUUCUGAAUACCUGCACCGGCUUCAGAAGGAUCUGGCUACUUACUAUUCAUAUGGAGACUUCCUGCUCGGCAAGCUCAUGGACCUCUUCCCUCUGUCAGAGCUGGUGGAGUUCUUAGAAGCUAAUGAGGUUCCUCGGCCCAUCACCCUCAGGACCAAUACCUUGAAAACUCGGCGCCGAGAUCUUGCUCAGGCAUUAAUCAAUCGUGGGGUUAACCUGGAUCCCGUGGGCAAGUGGUCAAAGACUGGACUAGUGGUGUAUGAUUCUUCAGUGCCCAUUGGUGCUACUCCGGAGUACCUGGCUGGGCACUAUAUGCUGCAGGGAGCUUCCAGUAUGCUGCCUGUCAUGGCCUUGGCACCCCAGGAGCACGAGCGGAUCCUGGACAUGUGCUGUGCCCCUGGAGGAAAGACCAGCUACAUAGCGCAGCUCAUGAAGAACACAGGUGUGAUCCUUGCCAAUGAUGCCAAUGCUGAGCGGCUCAAGAGUGUUGUGGGCAACCUGCACCGGUUGGGAGUCACCAACACCAUUAUCAGCCACUACGAUGGGCGCCAAUUCCCUAAGGUGGUGGGGGGCUUUGACCGAGUGCUUUUGGAUGCGCCCUGCAGUGGCACUGGGAUCAUCUCCAAGGAUCCAGCUGUGAAGACUAACAAGGAUGAGAAGGACAUCCUGCGCUGUGCUCACCUGCAGAAAGAGUUGCUCCUGAGUGCUAUUGACUCUGUCAGUGCCACCUCCAAGACAGGAGGCUACCUUGUCUACUGUACCUGUUCCAUCAUGGUGGAAGAGAAUGAGUGGGUGGUCAACUAUGCCCUGAAAAAGAGGAAUGUGAGGCUGGUGCCUACAGGUCUGGACUUUGGCCAGGAGGGUUUUACCCGCUUUCGAGAAAGGCGCUUCCACCCCUCUCUGCGUUCAACACGCCGCUUCUACCCUCACACCCACAACAUGGAUGGUUUCUUUAUUGCCAAGUUCAAGAAAUUCUCCAAUUCUAUCCCCCAGUCCCAAACAGGCAACUCUUCAGCAUCCAUCCCUACAAACCCAGACUUGUCUGACCUGAAAGGUCAGGUGACCCCAAAGCCUGAGAGCAGCAGCCAGCCUGCCAAGAAGGCCAGAGUGGCUGUGAAAGCCAAGUGGCAGUUGCAGAAACAGCGACAUCCCAAGAAGGCCUCCUCCCAGAAGCAGAAUGGCAUCUCCAAAGCGACAGACUCAGAACUGGCCCCUGUAUCUUCUGUCAGAAAGGCCCAAGCUCCCUCCAAGCUCCAGGAUAGCAGUCAGCCAGCUGGAAAAGCUGAACUGACCAGGGAGCUGAAGGUGACUGGGAAACUAAAGCACCAGUCACCAAAGCUGCAGCUGUCCAAGAAAGUUGCCUUCCUGAAGCAGAGUGCUCCCCACAAGGGCUCGUGCCCAGAGGUGCCUGCUCUUCUGGCUCUCUCCAAGACCCAGGCCACCCGCAAGCCUGAGGACCACGAUCAGCCCCUUGGGAAUGCCAGAGGGGUUGAGAAGGUAAAGCAGCAGUUGCCAGAACAGCCUCUCAAGAAAGCUGCCUUCCAGACACAGAAUGGCACCCCCAAGAGACCUAAUACUCCCUCCAUGUCCCCACUCCAUUCCAGCCGGCCCCCACCAGCAAAGAGGAGAAAAUCCCAGUCCUGCGGCAGCAGCCAGCCACUGCUGUCUUAG